AUGCCACAGCUGCCCUACGGCUACGGCGGCUACGGCAUGCCGCAGUUCCCCUUUGUCCCUCAGCCCUACGGCUACCCCAUGCCCAACAUGCCCUACUACCCGACCCAGGGCGGCGCCUACACCCCCGGCCAGGGCGCCACGGCCUACAAGUACCCGCCCGCGGCCGCCGGCUACAGCGGCUACGAGGAGCAGCCCGGCGCGGCCUACGGCGCGGCGGCCGGGAAGCAGGAGCGGCUGGGGGCCCGCGGCGGCGAGGCCUCCCAGGCCGCGCUGUACGGCAACCAGGCCGGGUACUCGCAGUACCAGGGCCAGUUCGGGCAGGGCCACCGCUGA